CAACGGAAUACCCAAUAUGCGCACCCUGACUUCUGACUUCAUCCCCGCCUCAGAGUGCACAGCAAACUGGGCCGCCGACGACUGGUUCUCCUGUAAAGCACCAGACCAAUAACUAGUUUACUUCGCGUAAGGUCCUGGCGACAGAGCGUCGGAAAAAAAGGUCGGAAGAAAUGGAGGGUCACUAGAUUGGACCCAUGCCGGUCGAACUUUUUCUUGACGACCUGAUGGGCUCGUCUGACGGCCCAUUCACGCUUCGCUCCCCGGGCCAUCUUCACGACAGCUUUCAGUCGAUCCAAUCACCCGCCAAGUACGACAACGAGAGGGAGUACGCGGAAGCCGUCGUCAAUGUUAUUCAACUCGUAAUGCCAGAUCUCAUGCCACUCUUCAAACUUGUCCUUGGGAAGGAGUAUAAGGAUGCGGAUUUGACCACGAGAACCGUCACCGACGCAUUCAUGUAUCCCUCCGACGUCGACACUCGGUCUCAUCGCACUCAAUGGAGUAAAACGGAACUCUGUCCUGAUGAAUGGGUGUCUCAGACCGACUCGUCAAAGGAUUGUCGCGGUCAACUUGCUGGCUACGUUGCCACUACGUUGAAUGUGCAACAUCGAAAAUACUUGUUCUCGCUUAACCUUGAUCCAGAUGGCAUCCGGUUCUUCAGAUGGGAGAGGACAUACACCAUCGUAUCGCGUGCAUUCAAUUUAUCGACAGAAGAAGGCAAAUACCUCGUCGGAUUUCUCUACCGGUUUUCCACCCUGACGCCCAUCCAUCUCUCAUCUGUAUCCGUAAGCACCAGCGUUCGCUGGCGGACGCUGACGGUAGAGGUUGGACACCCUUUGAAGAAGUUCAAGUCCUCGAAGCAACUUACGAGAGUUGUCUACGAGGCUUUUUUGGCUCAUGAAGGUGCCUUCACAUUACGCGAAAUUCUUCAUUGUGAUGUUAGUGGCAGGAUUAUUUUGAUCGUAUAUGACAAGAAAGCGCCGGAAGAUGUCCGGUCAUGGUUGAACGAUUGGGAUAAGGCUAUUCGCAUGGACGACUUGGACAAACCAGCGCGACAAGUCGAGCGCACGGGCACUUGGCAAUUCAUGUCUAUUGCACUUCUUCGCGAGAGAGACAAGAAGCACGAACAAUAA